GAUGAAUAAGUCAAGACUAGGGCUGCUUGCAUUACAUAAACCGAGGCUUACCCCCAGAGAGACUGCCUCCAAAGCAGCCCGAAUUUGCAACCACUGCCCACGCCGCGAGCUGCGAUAGGGCGAGAACAAUUCCCGUGGGGCUGUGCGGCAGCAUCGCGAUAGUUACCUUAAAUGUGGCGGCGGGAAGGUGGCCCUAGCAGCUGUCUGGGCGGUUAAGAGAGCCCCGGGCCGAGAAGAUGGCUGACCACAACCCUGACAGCGACUCUACGCCGCGUACGCUGCUGCGUCGCGUGCUGGAUACAGCGGACCCACGCACCCCGCGGCGACCCCGGAGUGCUCGGGCUGGUGCCCAGAGAAGAGCCCUGCUUGAAACAGCUUCUUCCAGGAGGUUGAGCAGCCAAACAAAGAUGACAACCAGAAGGUAUUCCCAUAGAGUCAGGUCUAUUAGCGGAUCGGCGUAUGUUCAGGCCAGUGGGCACCUGGAGGAACAGACGCCUCGGACCCUGCUGAAGAACAUCCUACUAACUGCCCCGGAAUCUUCCAUCCUGAUGCCUAAGUCGGUAGUGAAGCCAGUGCCGGCACCACAGGAGGUCCAGCCCUCCAGACGAGAGAGCAGCGUUGGCAGCCUGGAGCUGCAACUUCCUGAGCUUGAGCCCCCCACGACCCUGGCUCCAGGUCUGUUGGCCCCUGGCAGGAGGAAACAGAGGCUGAGACUGUCGAUGUUUCAGCAGGGAGUGGACCAAGGGCUGCCUCUCUCUCAAGAGCCUCAGAGGAAUGAUGAUGCCUCAUCCCUCACCAGCUCCCUCAACCUGACCUUUGCCACAUCUCUUCAGCCACAGUCAGUGCAGAGGCCUGGCUUGGCCCGCAGACCUCCUGCCCGUCGAGCUGUAGAUGUGGGUGCCUUUUUGCAGGAUCUGCGAGAUACUUCCUUGGCUCCUCCAAACAUUGUGUUGGAGGAUACCCAGCCCUUCUCUCAGCCUACAGUUGGCUGCUCCCGCCGCGUGUAUCGCUCCCUGCCCUGCAUGCCUCACACUGGGGCCAAAGACGCUGAGCUGGCUGCCGGUUGCAAGACACGGAGCAGUGGGCCUGGAAUGCAGACCAACAGCCCUGAGAAACCAGCCCAGUUCCUGGCAGGAGAGGCAGAGGAGGUUGAUGCCUUUGCUCUGGAUUUCCUGAGCACUAGCAGUGGUGUCUCUGGAGAAGAUGGAGUAGAACCCUUACAGGAUGGAGUUGAAGAGGCAGAGAAAAGGAUGGAAGAAGAAGGCGUGAGUGUGAGUGAAAUGGAGGCGACAGGAGCACAAGGACCCAGCAGGGCAGAAGAGCCUGAGGGACACACACAGGUGAUAGAAGCAGAGGAAUCCCAGGAGACUGCUGAGGCCAAGGGACCAGGAGCAUCUUCAGGGGAUGAAGAUGCCUCUGACAGGGCAGCAAGUCCAGAGUUGGUCUCCAGCACCCCUGAGUCUCUCCAGGCUAGGCGACAUCAUCAGUUUCUUGAGCCAGACCCACCACCUGGUGCUGCAGUCUUAUCUUCAGAGCCUGCGGAGCCUCUCUUGGUCAGGCGUCCCCCUAAGCCCGGGACCACUGGCCCCAGACCCCAGCAAGAUCCCCACAAGGCUGGACUGAGCCACUACGUCAAACUUUUUAGCUUCUAUGCCAAGAUGCCCAUGGAGAGGAAGGCUCUUGAGAUGGUAGAGAAGUGCCUAGAUAAAUAUUUCCAGCAUCUUUGUGACGACCUGGAGGUAUUUGCUGCUCAUGCUGGCCGCAAGACUGUGAACCCAGAGGAUGUUGAGCUGCUGAUGCGGCGGCAGGGCCUGGUCACCGACCAAGUCUCGCUACAUGUGCUAGUGGAGCGGUACCUGCCCCUGGAGUACCGGCAGCUCCUCAUUCCCUGUGCGUCCAGUGGCAACUCUGUCUUCCCUGCACAGUAGUGGCUGGGCCUCUCCACUUUCUCUGUCCCCACCUGGGACCCCUUGGCCCCACAUAUUUCUCUAGGUCUCCUCCCUACCCCCUAGCAUCAAUAAAGUGUCAUACACAGAA